UGGAAGCGCAGCCAUGGCUGAGAAGACGAGUCGGGCUGAUCAGGAGAAUAAACUGGAACAAGAGCAAAACCUUAGGUAUUUUGAUGACCAAGCUUUUGAAACUACAGCCAGAAGAGAAUCCACUAAUCUGGAUUUGACUGAAGAAGAGGAGACCUCACCCCAAACUGAAGAAGAGACUGAGUGUCCAGGUUGCCAGUCAGUGGGUGUUGUGACUUUGCCUUGCAGCCACAAGCUAUGUCUACGUUGCAUUGAACUGAGCCAGCAGGAGAUGGGUCAUGAAGGUUGCACAAUCUGCUAUGGUUCCCAGUUGAUGGACUCUGUCCUUCACAGUCUGUUGGGUGCCUUGUUCCAGGGGCAGCCCAGGAGAUAUGGGGUGACACCACAAGCAGAAGCAGCGAUUUUAAGGACUGCUGCAGAGGAGUCCAAAACUUAUGGUGAAAAUGGUAAUUUGGAGAAAGAGCAGCAAUGUGUGAAGCAUGGAGAACCGUUCAGUGAGUUUUGUCUAGACAAGGGAGACCUCCUCUGCCAAAAGUGUCAAAUGAACGAUCAGGAACAACACCAGUGCUGCUCCAUUCAAGAGGCUGUUCUUGUUUGUAAGAGGCAGAUGAGAUCUACCAUCAGAGCUAUCCAGGAGCAACUGGAGACUAUAACCACCAUAAAACAAAACUGGGAGGACACAGCAACUCACAUCAUGACCCAGUCAAUAACAACCACCCAGAUCUUGAGGGAGGAAUUUGAGAAGAUGCACCAGCACUUGCGUGACGAAGAGGCCGCUCUGAUGUCAGAGUUGAAGCGGGAAGAAGAAGAGAAGAUUCAGCAGGUCGAGCACAAGAUAAACAAGUUGAGUAACGACAUACGGAACCUGACUACCGGUAUCAGAGAAUUGGAAGAAUUUAUGGAAUCAGAGAACAUCUUCUUUCUAAAGAAUUACAGAAGUGCCUCUCAAAGGACUCCGUACAGAGUGGACGAGUACAAAGAUGAAUUUGGAGCUCUGAUUGAUGUCCCCAAGUACCAGAGCUGCAUUCAACACCAUGUCUGGGAGAAGAUGCUGAGAAUAAUCCACUAUUUCCCGGUGACCUUGGAUCCCAAUACCGGCUCAUCGUGUUUAGUCGUGUCUCCUGACCUGUCCAGUGUGUUAGUGUGUGAUGAACAGCCUCUUCCAGACAACCCAGAGAGAUUUGUGAACCCACAGGGCGUCUUGGGUUCAGCUGGAUUCAGCUCUGGGAGCCAUCACUGGGAGGUGGAAGUCGGCGAGAACAGCCAGUGGUCUUUAGGGGUGGCCAGUGAGAGUGUAAAUAGGAAGGACUGGUCUGGAUUGGAUGAAAAUCCUGUUGAAUCUAGUGGUGGCCUGUGGACUGUGUCCCUCUCCUCUGGCGUGUAUCGUGCUUCUCCCGGCCACAGUUCACCUCUUACACUCAGGAAAACACCAUCCAGAAUCAGAAUCCAACUGGACUGGGAGAGGGGGUGUCUGACUUUCUCUGAUGCCAACGGCAACACUCUGAUCCAUAGAUUUAAAAAGCAAUGGAGUGGCACACUCAGACCAUACUUUUCUACCACUUGUUCCAAACACCCUCUGAAAAUCACUGAAGCAAGGGUCACUGUUGGAACAGAAUAGCAUCAUGAUAACAUACAGCACGGUAAGGAAGGAAAGCAUGACCGAACCCAGCUACUUGCGGGGCUUACGAUACGAGACCCCCAGGAAAUGGCUCCAAACUUUAUAAUAUGCAUCCCACAGUUCUCAAACACAUUUUAAAUUCAGUUUGACACGUUAAAAAACAAGACAUGCACCCAGUAUUUAAUGACAAAACGUGCUGUUACAUCACAUCACAUCAAAGCAUCUUCCCGUCGUCGAAAAUAUUGAGUGAAUUGACUUGAGACAGCACCCUCUGCUAGAGUCAUAGCUAAGGCACUCUUUUUCCUCUGCAGAUAGUGCCAUCAAACUAUUUUCUAUUUAAAGUCCAUCUUCUUUGACUUAUUCUGCCUAAGACGAGAAGCCCAGACUUCGCUCUUCCCAUCUACAGUACUUCAUCCAGCUCUUCCCAGCACAUCCUGAGAGACAUAGUGUCUUCAACACGUCCUGGGCCUUCCCCGAUGAACAAUUCAGACUAAAGUACAGUUUGUAUAUGUUGAAAAUGCAUGUUAGUGUGCUUCUCCCCUAUCAGUCAAUCCAUUCCAUGAUUUCUUUGGGUUAGUUUUUACGCUUAAUGCCUCGUCUGACACAACCCGGCCAGCUAUCUCCGAGUUAGCGUAGCGGCUGGGAGUCAGAACAGCGCCAACCGCACAAAAUGCAGCAGCAUGUGUCCCUACGCUACCAUUUUGUGUAAUGUCUAAAAAUUACCAGCCUUCGAGGCUCAGUAUUAUAUAAACUUAAAGGGAUGGUUUGGAUUUUUUGACAUGAAGUUGUACGACACCCCCAUCAGCACUGCAGUCCAUUAACAGCGACUUACCCCCCACUUGGUCUCCUAAGUCCAGUUCUGGUCGGAUUUUGGUGAUGAAGAACGUCGUUCCGCUUCGUUGCUGGGAACAAUUAAGUAAAGAGUUUGGCUUCUCAAGACGAAGACACUCGCAUCUUCUUCCGCUGUGGAACACAAACAUAAAGAAGAUGGCCGCGGCGCUCCGUUGCGGAAGCAGACGCGAGCGUCUUUGUCACAUAGACAAGGACGCACAGGCGACAAUGCGCAGGAAUACGGUGGGAGACAAAUAUAACGCUGAGCGUUUUGUGAGGUUUUAUUUUUUUGAGAAGGCAUUUUUGUUGAAAUGUAUUACUCUUUUGAACGCAUAUUAUUUUGAGAAGCCAAACUCUUUACUUAA